AUGGGCACCGCUGCCGCGGCCGCCUUCCGGGACCCCUCCAGAUUCGCCGGCCGUAAUAUCCCGCUGGCGGGCGACGAGCUGACGCCGCUGCAGAUGUGCGAGGCGUUCGCGGCGGCGCAGGGCGGCGGGCCCGUCAAGCACAGCUGCCCGCCGGCGUGGCUCUUCUGGUUCUUGAGCAAGGACCUGUGGCGCAUCACCCGCUUCCUGCGUAACACCGGCUUCAAGGCAGACCGCGCCGCCUGCGUCGCCGACUUCCCCGGGCUGCUCACCUUCCGAGAGUUCCUGGCCGCCACCAGCUGGGGCGACGCCGGCCGCGCCUAUGAAGACGGGAUCGAGUUCGCGUCCGCCGCGGCGGCGCCAGCCGGCCCGGGGGGCGCGGCUGGUGCGGCUGCUGGGGUCAGGGCUGCGAAGUGA